AUGGAAGUAAUCAGGAAAUGGAUGCGUUUUUCUCUGGAUGUAUUAUCGUCAUCUCAAGGAGUAGAAUCAUUACAAGAAGAUGAAAUUACUCUUGCAUGUAAUAUAAAAGAUAAAUUGCCUCAUUGUGAUGCCCUACAAUUUGACAAAUUGUUUCACGAGUUGCAGGACGGGCCGUUAAAAAACAGAACACAGAUUCUUAUAUUUCUGAUGAACAUGUGUCACUCGGCUGAUCAACUCAAGAAAAGAAUAUUCUCAGUUCCUGACUUGAAACUUGGUUUAACGUCGUGUGUUGCAUCAUCUAGUGGUCAGAGGCCGGACAUGCAUGCAUCAUCGCAAAUUGUGUCUGUCAGUAACACGGACAAAAUUACAGGGGACUUCCUAACAAACCCUAACAAAAUACUUGGUGAAGAGAAUGUUUCAGAAGAUGUAUUAGUUCAAGACCUUAUAUAUUCCUUUCAAGGCAUUGAAGGGAAGAUAUUAAAGUUGGAUUCCAAUUAUGGUUUUCAAAUAGAUCCUAUGCUGAAUAUCGAUAGAUCCCGGAAACAGGCCACUUUGAGGCUGAGUGAAUUGGGAUAUUUACAUAAUAUAGUACAAAAAGGUUUGGAAAGAAUAUCAGCCGCUUCAAGUGGACAGGUAGCUGAUAGUUUUGUCGCGGCGUUGCAUUCUAAAUUAUCUGACUAUUACAGAUUUAUAGCUACUAUUCAAGAGGAAGUAAACAGAGUGCAUUCUCAAUCAGGAUUAUACAGAGUUACUUUGUCGCACUUGCACUUGUGGGCAUAUGAGCCUUUAGAAACUUUAAAGUGGUUAGCAAGUAUAGUGAGAACUUGUCAAGGACAAAAAGGUGGCGCACUUGCUUCUGCUGUAUAUGAGUUUAGUAACUACGGAGACGCAUACGUGAAAAAGUUAGUCAAGGGAAUUUUGGAAAGUGUUUGCGAUCCUCUAUAUAAUAUGUUGAUAAAGUGGAUUGCUGAUGGUGAAUUAGAUGAUCCAUACAGAGAAUUUUUUAUCGAAACUUGUGCUGACAUUACUGGAGACAGAAUGUGGCACGAAAAAUAUCAAGUUCGUAGUAGUAUGCUUCCAUCGUUUAUUACAAAAACACGAGCCAAACAAAUUUUGGGAACAGGAAAGGGUAUUAACUUCUUACGUGAAGUAUGUAAAGACAUUACACCGUGGCAAGGCAAACAUACAGACAUGUUUAAAAAUUUUAUUGAAGAAUACAAAGUUGAUAUCCUCUUUGAUAUGGAUCCUGAUGGUCGGUUACAAACUAUGAUGAAUGUAGCCUACAAAGAAACGUCAACUAGGGUAGUCGAAGUAUUAACGAAGCAAUACCAUUUUAUGGAUCACUUACAUGCUAUUAAAGGUUAUCUUUUACUAGGACAGGGACAUUUUAUUCAACAUCUUAUGCAUUUAUUAGAGUUAGAAUUAGACAAACCUGCCAGUUCUUUAUAUCCACACAAUAUAUCUUCUAUUUUGGAAACGGGAAUAAGAGCGACUAGUGCAAAAAUUGACGACACAGAUGUACAUGGCCGACUGGACGUAAGAUUGUUAGCACCCUCAGAAAAUGAAACUGGCUGGGAUGUUUUUAUUCUCGAUUACAAUGUAAGCGGUCCCAUUGGAACG